UUGUUCGAGGGAAACUGUCAACAUUGAAUUUUGUGACACGCGACGCGAGAAAAGUGAAACUGCACGUACCGAACCGGUGCGAGUAGUGUCCAGCUUCGCCAUGUCCAAGAACGAGGCCCGGGAAACGACCAUACGGCAGCUGUACACCGAGUUGAACAAGCAAGGUUCCAAUGGGGAGUACGAGAAGGCCCUCAAGUCGGCCAACAAAAUUCUGGCCCUUGAUCAAAGUGAGCAGAAAGCGCUCCAGUGCAAGCUGGUUUGCUUGAUCCAGCUGUCCAAGUUCGAGGAGGUGAUCAAGUUCCUCGACCGUACGCAACCACCGUACGAUUGCACCUUCGAGCGGGCCUACUCGGAGUACCGACUGAAUCAACCGGAGGCCGCCCUGAAAACGAUCCAGAACAGUGGCAUCAAAGUGUUGCCACCGAACCUAAAGGAACUCAUGGCACAGAUCCUCUAUCGCCUGGAGAAACACGAGGAAUGCUAUGAGCUGUACAAGGACAUCAUUAAGAACACCAGUGACGACUAUGAUGACGAGAGAACCACCAAUCUGAGCGCCGUAGUCGCCAAUCUUUGCGUGGAUGGUUCCAAGAAGGAGCUUCCUGUUCUACGUGAGGACACGUACGAGCUGACGUACAACGCAGCUUGUGCCCUGGCCGGGAAGCAACAGUUCCCAGAGGCAGAGAAGAAGCUUCGUACUAGCGAGAAGCUGUGUCGGGAGUUUCUGGAAGAAGAUGGCGCUACCGAGGAAGACAUUAUGGAUGAAAUUGCGAUCAUCAAGGUACAGUUGGCUUACUGUCUACAGAUGCAAGGUAAGUCGAAGGAAGCUUCCGCAAUCUACACUGAUGCGCUGAAGCACAAAACCAACGACCAUGCGUUGACGGCGGUGGCCAGUAACAAUUUGGUGGUCAUCAACAAGGAUCAGAACAUGUUCGAUUCGAAGAAAAAGAUGAAGGCCGCUACUUCGGAGCAAGCGGAGCAUAAAUUGACCUCCAAGCAGAAGAAACUUAUCGCAUUCAAUAAUUGUUUGUUGGCCUUCUUCACCAACCAAUCGGAUUGUCACAUGUUGGCCAGUCGUUUGGGUAACUCUUACCCGGACUUGGAAUUCCAAUCGUUGUUGAUUCGUGUCAGUCAGUUGGCACGGGAUAAGAAAUACAAAGAUGCCAUCGAACUGUUGGAAAAUUAUUCCAAAAAGCAACCGAAGCAAGAACUGGAGGUCAAAUUCGCCAUCGUUCAGCUUCAUUUGCUGGCCGGUAACCGAAAGGCUGCCGUUGAAAUUCUUGAAAGUCUUGGUGAAGCCAAGUAUCGUCCGGGAGUGGUAUCUGCCUUAGUUACUCUUUAUCUGGGUCUUGAUAACAAGAAUUCUGCCUCCGCUAUUCUGAAGAAUGCCGUCGAAUGGUACAAGAAGAACAAGUCUACCGCUGGCGGUGACCUUACCGACAUGUGGCGUCAAGCUGCUAGCUUCCAUCUACGCGGUGGCGAAUCCGAAACCGCUGCCAAGAGUUUGGAAGAACUGCUCAAGACCAAUCCUUCCGAUAUGAAGAUCCUUGCCCAGCUAGUUAUCGCUUAUGCUCAGUUCAACCCGAAGAAGGCUCAGGAAGCCAGCAAAAAACUUCCCGCUUUGGAAACUCUGACCACCGCCUCGGAAAUCGAUGCCCUGGAAGCUACCAACUGGAUGAUGAUCGCCAAGGCAGUCAAAAAGAAGAUGCCAGCCUCGGGCAAAACAGACCAAUCGCCAGGCACUCCGAGCAGCGAGAUCGCUAAACAGAAGAAGAAAACCGUGCGCAAACGUAAGGGCAAGCUUCCGAAGAACUACGAUGCCAGCGCAGUUCCGGAUCCGGAACGGUGGCUGCCUCGCUACGAACGUUCUGGCUACCGCAAGAAGCGCGAUCGCCGCGUGAAGGAAAUCAUCAAGGGCAGUCAAGGAACGGCCUCCGGACAGGCGGAUCAAUAUGACAUGAGCAAGGCCUACAACCAGACGAAACAGUCACCGGCUACUCCGGCCGCCCAUGAGAUGCCUGCAUCGGGACCUGCUCCUAGGCAGCUGCCGAGAAAGAGCCAGCACAAGAAGAAGAAGGGCAAACAUUAAGCCGGUUGGUCAGACCGUUUCCGAAAGCAUUUACAUGAGUAUGCUUUAGAGGUAAGAAUAAGCAUUGAAUAUAAUGUUGCAUCUAGAA